UAAAGGUAAGAGCUCUCAUCACAACAAGCUGAAGAAAGAUGCAUGUUUUGCAGCAGAAGCACAAGAACGGUGAGUGGUCCACAAAGUGAGGACAUAUGAAGGAAAAGAAAGGAAGGCUUCAGUCGCAUCAGAGUCAAAGACUUAGAAGCAAAGAUAAGCUACACCAGGCAGAGUGUAACUUGUCCCAUUUGUUGAACACCUGCUGCAUUUUCUUCUUCACGUCUUUCUUCUUUUGGUACAAUAAGGGCUAGAGAACAGUACAAUCAAGAAUGAAUGGAGAUUUCGAGAAAGCGUGUCACCGAUGCAUCUCAAAAAUUGCCAGCAAUGCUUGCUUUAUUUUUGGACUUCUUGCUUUCCUAGCGUUACCACUGUCUAUGGCUUUUACAGGCAUGAAAUUUUUAAACAGUUGUCCAGUCCAGCCACUAAUUCCCUUAUAUCUUCUUGUGGGUGGUGUAGUUGGCACGUUGAAGGUUACCAUUCUGCUAUUUGACUCAACCAGGAUGAGGCAACUGCUUUCCAAAUCAAUCAUGAUUGAUGAUGAUGACGAUGACGAAUAUCCAUGGAGGCAAAAUGCUCACAAAUAUUAUAUUCAUCUCACCCUCAGCCUCUUCCUCUUCCUAUGGUUCAUACUGGGGAACUACUGGGUGUUCUCAGUUUACUUGCCUAAUUUCAUUCCGCCUUUCCAUCAUCCCCAGGAUUACUGUGAUAAAAUUCUGUACAUUUUUGCAGUUGGGGUGCUUGUUGUUAGCCACACUAUCCUGGUUUUGUUGAUCUUCUGUAGCUGCUGCAUAUAUUGCUGUUCCAGGCAACAGUAUGCCACAGAAGAGGAUUAAAAGUCACAGUGGCUGAGCCACAAAACAGUACGAAAAGUGGGGAAGAACGGAGAGGAGCAAGAGUGGGACUCACUGGUUGUGUGUUCUCUGCAUGCCCACAUUGCCUAUGACUAGCAAACUCCAUUGUGAAGGUUGUGAGGUCUGUUCCACCUGUUACUGCUUAUGAUGCUGAAUUAAAUUACAUUGAUGGGUGGUGUGAGGUGUAUUUUUUGAAUGGUAACAGAAGAAUCUUUUGAGCUCUGGGUGCAUAUCAUAGCAUCCAUUUAACGGUCUGUGUACCCCAAAUAAGACGCUUGCACUGCCAUGUACAAAACUCCCAUUUUAGCAAACACAGCUAUGGAAAUAGUAAACUGUGAGGCGAAAGCUGUAAAAUUAAAAUGGCAAUAGCAAGUACAUUUCUAUACUGCUUAUCACUGCACUUAUGCGCUCCCUAAGUGUAAGCUAUUUGCCCCCAACAAUCUGGGUACAGUACUCAUUUUAGCAACCUUGGAAAGACGCAAGCCUGAGUCGAG